AAUGUUGCUCAUAAGACGCUGAUGUUUGGAUGCACGCUUUUCCUGUUGUUUUUGACAAAGUUUUUUGGCAAGUACUGUAUCUAGCUAGCCAACGAUGUUAUUACGUUAGUUCACUUAUAUAGCAUGACAACGUUAAUCAACCCAAUGGCAAGUAACGUGAAAGACAAGGAAGCGUAUCAAAGACUGAACUUUCUCUAUCAGGCUGCACACUGCGUUUUGUCUCAAACCCCUGAGAAUGUGGAAUUGGCUCGCUUUUACUGCUUUACUCAGAAGACCGUCGCAAAACGUUUGGUGAUAAGACAAGAUCCCUCAGUGAAAAGAACUUUGUGUAAGAAGUGCUGCUCUUUGCUGGUCCCAGGAGUAACAGCCACCGUCAGACAGAGAAGCACCAAGCGGAAAAAACGGUUGACUGUGCUGCGAUGUAUUAGCUGUGGACAGACCAAGACGUUUCUAAACAAUCUGAAGCAUUGCCUGUGGGUGGACCAGCCUGAAGCCCAGCUGGAAAACGAAUCCAAGCCAGAACAAGAUCCUUUCACAAAAGAGUUGCAGAAUGAAAAAACGCAGAUCUCCAAAGUCCUCAACAGGGACUUCAUCCAGCCAGAUGCAUUCGUCUAAUCCAAAAAUCUGAGCCAAUUUUCCUUAGUAAUUGAUCAGCUGUACAGGGCCUUUUGAGACAAUUAAGCAUUUCCUUUAUUUUGGCUCUAUAUGCUUAGAAUUUGCAUUUGAAACCCUUACUUGCAUAUUCUUAUUUGAGGUAUUUUUAUACCUACUGGUUUAACAAUUUAGAAAUUACAACCCUUUUAAUAUAUAGUCCUCCUAUUUCAAGGCACCUGCAUUGGGACAGGAUAAUAUGAUGUCCUAAUUAAGCAUUUAUAUUUAGUAUUUGGUUGCAUUUCAUUUGCUUUAAAUAAUGGCCUCUAAACCCAUUGGCCUUUAUUACAGCCAUCUUUAGUUGUUUUUUGUAGUUGUAUUUUUUUAUCUUUUUGCCGGGGAAUAAUGACGAAUAUCUACAAUUUGAUGCAUCAAUUAAUACAAAUGCUGCUAAACCAGCUUUGUAUUAAAAAAUAGGUUCUAUUUUACGGAUUGUUCAGUGUUCCAGCAUUGUUGGCUGCCUCCAUAGGCUCUUUCUUAGUUACAGUUAUAAUAAAACACUUUUUACUGC